CGUAUCUGCAUGACCGAUCGUGAGCACACAACAUCCUUCACUAUGCCAGUCUGAGAAUCUCUUGUUGGACUUGGAUGGUCGGAUACCAGUUCUGGGUCUACAAUAUGCCAUUAGCGCAUCUGUAGGAAUCCUAUCACCUGUUUUCCUACACGGACGGCCGACUCGUUGGACAGGAGCUCCAAGAUGUUCGAAAAGUCCCUGUAUGACCUCAUUCGAGGUCUGCGCAACCACAAGGGGAACGAGAAAGAGUAUAUCCAGAACAGUCUGAAAGAAUGUCGCGCAGAGAUCCGAGGGCAGGACAUGGACCUGAAGGCCACUGCUCUCCUGAAGCUUGUCUACCUCGAAAUGUUCGGUCACGACAUGUCCUGGGCCUCCUUUCACGUCCUCGAAGUUAUGUCCUCCGCCAAAUACCUUCAAAAACGAGUGGGAUAUUUAGGGGCGGUUCAAAGCUUCCGGCAGGAUACAGAGGUCUUGAUGUUGGCUACAAAUCUUUUGAAGAAGGACUUGACUUCAACCUCAAUACAAACAAUGUCUCUCCCGAUCAUAACGUUACCCCACGUCAUCACUCCUUCGUUGGCUCUUUCAGUACUCUCGGAUCUCCUCCCUCGAUUAACGCAUUCCCAUCCUGCGAUACGCAAGAAAACGAUUGUCACAUUGUACCGCUUGGCUCUUGUCUACCCAGAAACUCUACGGCCGGCAUGGCCCAAAAUAAAGGAGAGGCUGAUGGACGAGGGUGAGGACCCAAGCGUGACUGCUGCAAUUGUGAACGUGGUAUGCGAACUUGGUUGGCGGAGGCCUCAAGACUUCCUUCCUCUGGCUCCAAGGUUAUUCGAGUUACUUGUGGACAGUGGAAAUAACUGGAUGGCUAUCAAGUUGAUAAAACUGUUUGCAACCCUCACUCCUUUGGAACCACGACUAGUCCGAAAACUAUUACCUCCACUGACCAAUAUCAUUAAAACUACGCUCGCAAGGUCGCUCCUAUACGAAUGUAUAAAUGGCAUAAUUCAGGGAGGGAUCCUAGACAGUACUGAUGAUUCUAUUGGCGGCGAGGAAAUUGCAACUCUCUGUGUCAGCAAGUUACGAGAAAUGAUAAUGGUAGAGGACGAUGCAAAUUUGAAAUACGUUGCGUUGCUUGCAUUCAACAAGAUUGUCCUCACGCAUGCCUAUCUUGUUGCUCAACAAGAAGAUGUCAUUAUGGAAUGUAUCGACAGUCCUGACAUCUCAAUUCGAUUACGAGCUCUGGACCUUGUGGUGGGUAUGGUCAACAGCGACAAUCUGAUGUCGAUUGUCGGCCGCUUGAUGAGGCAACUCAAGAAUUCUCGACCAGCAACCGCUGAGGAACUGAAUCACCGACCUACGCCUAUCGAACCCACAGCCGAUUCGGAUGACGAAUCUCCCGAGGUUGCCAUCAAAACGAAUAAGAAUGCCUCUGAAGCUCCUCUCCUUCCAGAUGACUACAAAAUAGAUGUCAUUAACAAAGUCUUGAACAUGUGUUCGAGUAACAACUACAGGAAUCUGGUGGACUUUGAUUGGUACAUUGACAUUCUCAUACAACUUGUUCGAAGUGCGCCUGUUCCGAACUCGUCUUCUUUAUCAGACGAAUCAAACAUGGGACGGAAAGAAUCGUCUAAUAUCGACGUCUCCGAGAGAAUCGGAGAUGAGCUACGACUCGUGGCAGUGAAGGUGAAAGCUCUUCGAUCACAGGCAACAAGAGCCGCAGAAUCGAUACUUAUUUCGACUUACAAUGACAAUUCGUCCCAACUCACUUCUGGAAGUGGCGUCUUACGAGCGGUGGCCUGGAUGAUCGGAGAGUACGCAUCAUGUUUGACGUCGCCAGACGGUACUUUGACUGCGCUCUUACAGCUUACAAAGACCUCAACGGCAGCCGAAGCACUUAUCAUUUACUUACAAGCGUUGCCAAAGAUACUUUCGUUGAUAGCAGGCGAUGAUCAGAUGGCUUGGACACCUGAACGGAAAACCGUGACUGCACUGCUCAUGGCUCGCGUAAUCCAUGCUCUGGAGCCCCUCGCAGUACAUCCUGACCUUGAAGUCCAGGAGAGAGCAGUUGAGUUUUCGGAGCUUCUCAAGCUGGCUGCGGAAGCGGCAUCUGGGCAAGAGACAUCCACAGAUGGCAUACAACAAGAUGCGCCUCUGCUUCUGACCCAAGCAAUCCCAUUUUUAUUUUCUGGGCAGGAAUUAAAUUCCGUUGCUGUCGGUGCCCAAAAAAACGUCCCGAUACCGCAAGGAUUGGAUUUGGACCAACCCAUCAAUGCAAAUUUGGACAAUCUGUUGAGAGCGGUUGAAUCGACAUCCUUUGGUGAACCUGAGCAAGAUGAGUUUGAAGUUUACUAUCACCAACAGCAACCACCGAUGGCAAUCAGUUCGGGUGAACCUGCCGUCAACAGACUUGGUGCGCGAGAAGAGCCUGUUCACUCCUAUCAGCAAGGCACCGAGGAAAGCUACCUUGAUCCCGAUAUCGUUGCUCGACGGCGGGCAGAACGAAUUGAACGAAACAAGGAUGAUCCCUUUUAUAUCGCCCCAACAGAAGGCAAAUCUGGCAGGUCGACUCCUCUUCAUAACAUUCUGCAAAGCAACAACGGACCAGAUCUGGAUAUCGACUCGAUACCGAUUAUGCAAUUGGAUCUCGGCAAGACCAGUCCGACCGGUCAACCUUCACCAAAGAGAUUUUCGGCUCAAAAGCCUCUUCAGCGAAUACAAGUUGCUGCAGACGAAACGCUCGCAACGAGCGGUACUUCUACGCCAAGAUAUGACGACUCAGAGAACAGUCUUGAUGGACCACAGAGAGCAAAGGCUAAAGGGAAAUCUCUCUUGCAGGUUGACUCGAGCCAUAUCGGAGCCUUCUCACUUGAAGGUGAUAGUUCGAGUGGCCCUCUGGAUUACGAGCGUCAACAAAGAGAAGAAGCCGAGAUGGCCAAGGCGAUGCAAGAAGUGGAGAGGCUGAGGCUCGAGAUGCAGAGAGCGAAUGAGCGCAUACAAGCUGCUCAAGGGGUGGAAGGAACCGUGGUCAAGAAAAAGAAGAAAAAGGCCAAACCCGCUGAAGCCGAAGCAGAGGGCGGGGAAGCCGUGACUAUUGUGAAGAAGAAAAAGAAAGCGAAGCCAACUAUCAUGGAUGAAGGGGGAGUAGAAGGGUCCAUGGCCACAGAGGUUAUGAAGCCUAAGAGGAAGAAAAAGAAGACGAAGAUCGAUGAAAGUGGACCGCAAGGCCUCGUUGAUUCAGGAGCAUAAGUGGUUGGGGCAUACUCGGCGCACGGAGCAUUGGAAGGCAGGGUUGCCAAUGUGGGAUUGUCAAGUAGACAUGGGGUUCUGAUGUAUAUAGCAAACUACACAUUGGGCAGGGCUUCGAGUCCUGCUGCUUCAGAUCAAGAGAAAACUUGCAUUCAAGUGUCAACAUGAAUGCAUUGUCCAUCGAAAUCAGAGACAGUCAGGGGCCUCAGAUCGAGGGGCAGUCACGGGCGAUAAGUAAUUCCUUAUCGCCUGAGGCGCUAAAUAAAUUUUUAGGCUUUUUCC